GGGGGUGCGGUUGCAAGAGAAGCAGCCGAGAGCCAGGAUUGCAGGUGAUGGAAAAAUGAAGGACGUGAAAGGGAAGCGCCUGCAGGAGGACGAGGAGGACUUUGAGCCUCAAGUUGAAUUGCAUUUCACCAUCUUGGAAGAAUCCGAAGGGGGCAUUUCUCAGGGGAAGCUCUGGCACUGUGACGUUAACGCGGAGCUGCAGCCGGACAGUUCCUCUCUGCCCGAUCCGGAGGAUGAAUCCGUUUACUCGGACCGAACGCGGUCUCCCUCGCCAGAGCGGCAGAGAUUUCCCCCAGCCCCGGAGAGGGGAGCCAGAGACAGACGGAUGGGGAGUUAUCCCCAGCCGGGUCCCAAGCAGCAGGUUGAACUGCAUUUUACCAUUUUGGAGGAGUCUGAAGGAGGCAUUUCCGAGGGGAGACUCUGUGCGAGUGAGAUUAGCUCCGAUGAACCGCUGGAGAUAGAUUAUCCCAAGUGCCAGCGGCAUGGACCCGCUCAAUUUGGCCAGCCGAUGUUUGCGGCAAAUGAUUCUCCCCCAGCUAAGGGCAUGCUGGAGGGGGAAACAAAAGGGGAGGUCGCCCAGCCAGGAAGUGCAGACCAGCAGGUAGAAGUCCAGCUAGCGUUCUUCGAAGAUUCCGAGGAAGUGAGCCUUUCCCAGGGUCCGGAGGAUUACCCCAUGUGCGAGAGCCCAUUCACACCUGACAUGUAUCAGGGAGACUAUCCAAAAGACUACUGGGACGCAUCCAUCGACAGUCUGGGUGAGGCCUUUGAAUCUUCUUUCCAUCAGCAGUUCUAUUUGGGAGGCAGGAUGUAUCCCUGCUCCGAGUGCGGGCGCAUCUUCAACAGGAAGUCGACUCUGACACGGCACUGGAGGACCCACACGGGGGAGAAGCCUUAUUCGUGCCUCGACUGUGGGCGGAGCUUCAGCCUCAACCUCAACCUCCUUACCCAUCAGAUGACCCACACGGGGGAAAAACCCUACAAGUGUCCCGACUGCGGACAAAGCUUCACCCGUAGUACAAGUGUCACCAGGCACCAGAGGAGCCACCAGGAGGACAGUCCUUAUAAAAAUGACAGUUGGGAGGAAAGCUUCCAGUAUAGCUACCCAGUCCCUUUCCCCCAUCCGAUGCCUCCAGUGGAGGAGAAAUCCUACGUGUGCCCCGAUUGCGGAGAGGCCUUUACACACAGCGGGAGCCUCAACAAGCACCUGCGGAUGCACCGAGGCGAUCGGCCUUACAAAUGCGUGGUGUGCGGGGAAGGCUUCUGUUCCAUGUCGAAGCUUUACCGGCAUGAGAGAAUCCACUUGGUAGAUAAGCCCUACCACUGCGAGAUCUGUGGGAAAAGCUUUGCCGGCAAGUCCACUCUGACCAGGCAUCAGAUGCUCCACCAGGCCGAGAGGCCCUACAUGUGCUCUCACUGUGAAAAGGGCUAUGUUCAGAGGAGCCACCUGGCCCGGCAUCACCACAAGGCACACCCUAACGUGCCGUUUAACCCCGUCAAAGCGAACGUUGUGCCUGCCACCAUUCUGGACUCUGACAACCUAGUCACUUAUUUCUGGGGGGAUGAGGAAACAGAUGCUGGCCUUGAACCUGUCCCCACCCAGCUGAUUUACUCUGGAGCCGACUGAUGAGGACGGAGCUUAAGCCUAGCCUGGACCUACAUUGGCUGCGCAAAAGAAGCGCCUGGGCCCUUAACCUCUUGUGCGCUGUCUUUUUAAACUCUCAAAAGGGAGAGGGGGGAAUUGGCCUCAAAUGGAUUUGUACUGUGCAAAGGGAGGUGGUUGUAUUGUGGAUAGUUUUAAUGCCAAGGAAUGUUCCUUGCCUUGUAACUCUCACUUCACUGACGCACACCGCACCGACAUACACACAAAAAGCUGCCUUCUGCCGACUCUGGCCUGAAAGCAGCAUCUCAGAACGGUGCUCUGUCGUUGGGGCCGCAUUUUCUUUGCAUCCCCGUCUGCUGCAGAGGGCCUGGUGUCAUGACAGGGCUGACCGCAGCAAAAAGAGCAGACCUGUGAGGCAGAGAAACCACGUGCCCGAACACGCUUCUCACGGAAUAGAAGCAGAGUGCCAUCUGUCACAGGGCCUGUAAGCUGAGGAAAUCUACCUGGCGAGGGAAAGGAGAGCAGCCCCCUCUCGGCAGCAAAAUGUCUAGACUAGGGAGAUGCACGCAACCAUGAGAGCGCUUCAGUUUUUGUUUGUAGUAAAGAAAAAGGAAAACUACGCUGAUCUCUCGUUUGAUCAAUGUCUGUUCCGAGUGACGGCCGAACUCUUGAAACAUUUAUUAAAGUAAAGACUUGGUGGGGUUGUUUAUACGCAAA